UUCAAUUUUAAGACUGAUUUAGUUAAAUUAUAUUGUGUUAUUUUUUGUGUUAAAAUGUUAGAAAAGGUAGAACACUCUGUGGAACGCGUAGGACAUACAAGAGUGCAAUGGAUUUGGGCUUUAAUAGCGAAUUUGACAUUAUUUAUUUAUGGCCUAGAAUCAGGCUGGAUGUCACCAAUGACCAGAGUCUUGCAGUCUGAUCCGUCGCCUAUUGGAGCACGUCUUUCUGACAAUGAGAUCUAUUUGGUAGCGAGCAUUUUGUUCAUGUCGGCCACUUUGAGUGUUCCUUUUUAUACGUACAUCUCCGACCGUUACGGUCGUCAACCUGCCACAAUGUGUGUCACUGUUUUCCAAGGGUUAUCGUGGAUAAUCAAAGUCUCAUCACCGACACACAUUGGCCUGAUUGUCGCACGAACGCUCGCAGGGAUUGGUGCGUCUGGGUGCUUCCUAGUCAUCCCGAUGUACGUGAAAGAGAUCAGUCAGGAGAAUAUGCGCGGUCUACUCGGAUCCCUUCUUAUUAUGGCGCAGAAUGUAGGAGUUUUGCUCAUGUAUACCAUUGGAAUUUUCCUCGAUUACUUCACUGUUCUAUGGAUUGCGCUUUCAAUGUCCAUCAUGGUUAUUGUUUUAAUGUUGAAAGCACCUGAAUCGCCAGCGUUUCUAAUAAAGAAGGGCAAAUUUGAGGAAGCUGCAAAGACGAUAGCUUAUCUCCGAGGUUUGGAAGUUGACAGUGAAACAGUUCAAAAAGAAAUUGACGUAAUGAGGAAACAAGAAAUGUAUUAUCAAUCAGUGCCAAAAAUUUCUUUAUUAUCCAUAAUACAGAAUAACAACUGGCGUCGGAUAGUCAUUCUGAUCCUCUUGAUAAUAACUGUACACGCGACGAACGGUGCUGUGUCAGUCGUCACAUAUGGUGCUAGUACCCUCGCUGCCAGCGGGAUCCAGUACAGCAUCAGCCCUGAUUUGCAAUCGUUGAGCUUUCCUGUUAUGAUGAUCAUUGGAACACUGGUACUGAUGGCCACAGUCGAGAAGUUUGGACGAAAGCCACUCCUGGGACUCUGCUUCAUGCUAUCCGUAUUGUCUAUGGGUGCUCUGGGAGUGGCACUACUCCUCCAGUCCAGCGGUAUCAGCCCGCCCAGCUGGUUACCUGUCCUAGCCAUGGUUGGCAUCGUUUUUGGCUACGCGACCGGCGUCUCACCCUUGCCGUUUAUCAUUAUGACGGAGAUAUUAAACUUUCAGAUUCGUGCGAAGGUAAUGGGUUUGGUGGUUACAUACUCUUGGUUCAUGUCCUUCAUGCAGCUCAUCAUCUACGGCCAGAUAUCCAUGUACUUAGGAUAUUACUCUACUUUCUUCUUCUUCGCCGGACUCAAUCUCUUUGGUUUCGUCUUUAGUCUCUUCUUACUGCCAGAGACCAAAGGAAAGAGCGACGAGGAUAUAGAAGUUGAAAUGAAAAAGAAUUUU